GCCCGAUGGAUUCACUCACUGAUCCGUUUAUAAAGCCAACCAACAUCAGUACGUAUGUAUGUGAAGUUUCCUUGUAGGCCAGGCACGCCCCAGUCAGUACUCUAGCGCUAGUGAUGGAUAUCAUAUCGAAUGCUCACACAAAUGAACAAGUGCGUAUGCCUAUACGUUUACGUACACAUGAGCGGGACAUUGCAUUGCUCGCACAACUAAAGACAGUGUCUGAACCGAUCAGGAUCAGUAGGUCGACAACAGAGCACUCCCGCCGCCCCCGCCCCCGCCCCCGCCCCCGCCGCUGCUGGCAGCUGCCCCCUCACUGUCGCCCUCGCCCUGGCCGCCCUCUUGCGUCCUGUAUUUGACGGCACUUGGCGUGUUGUACGCGCCGUGUUCCACCAGCAAGAACUGGGCCAGCUUGGCCAACGAGUUCACCUGUGGGGUGGGGUGGGGAAACAAACACGCAUAUGUAUGACACAGUAGGGUGUGGUAGCAUGCAUCCAUGUGUUGUUUGUAGGUAUCCACACGCACCUUCUCUUUGGUGACUUGAUUCAGCGUCUUCAAGGAGGCCUUCUCCUUCGCAGUCCGCGCAGCCACCUGCAGAUCGUCCCACAGGAUCCACACAAACAUCCAGCAUUUGUGUAUCGGUGGCUGGGCGAGUGGAGGUGCAUACCAACCAUUUCCUGGCUCAUGCCGGCAUUGGCUACCGACAGGAAGUCGAAGCUCAUCCCGGAUGAGAGGCCUGGAGGGACGGGGGCCUCAAAAGGCCACACGGGGGGCAUUCCGUAGAUCCACAAGACCUGCACACACACACACACAUAGUCAGCCUGUGUGUAGUGUGUCCAUCUGUCGGCAUGUAUACGCUUUCCCUCGUCCGGUUCAUGUGGAAUUCGUUGGUGACGAAGACGAGGCUUCUCAUGUCCAUCGGCUCCGUGAUCAGCCGACGGAGGGCGUAGAUGUUGCCUGUGGAUACACGCACACAAACAAACAUCCAUACGUGUGCAGGCGCCAUUGAUGCGGCAUACAUACCGAUGGUGUCGAGGCUCCACCUCUCCAUGAGUAUGCGGUCUGUCGACACGCCAUGCUCUGCCAGAUACCUGCACGGACACACAGGGAGGCAGGCAGGCAGGCACAGCAAGUCCAUCCACACACACACAUGCACUUCAUCUGUGGCUGCUGAUGGAUGGAUGGAUGGCAUUGCCCCAACUUGCUAGCUCACUUUGCCCCUGCCGCCGCUUCAUCGAUGGGCACGCCUUCGCUGUCGAGUGGAGGCGCCUUGUGAGUCGUCCCCCUGCAGCGCAGAAACAAACGCACAGAGAACAACGCAAUCGAUGGAUGAACAUGCCUACACGCACACAUACACACGCACACACACACUCACCGUGAGAGCAGGAUGUAGUAUUUGGUCUGUUUGUCCAGCGUCAGGGCCCUCUUCAGACGCUCCACUACCCACGGAUGCGGAACCCUGCAAUGCAUUAAUGACGAACGAACGGACAACAGACAGACAGACACAUGUUGGUGAGUGAAUGGAUGGAUGCGCAUGUGGGCAUAUAUGUGCAUCUGGCCGUCAUGCGCUGGAGAUCUCCCUCCCUCUCACCCCUGCUGGUCCACCCCGCCGCCCGGAAUGAUGACUGCAUCAUACAUGGGCGGCUCAUCUUCGCUCUUUCUCUGCGUCUUGCUCAUGCAGCAGCUCUGUGCCAUUGUUCCUUCGGGAGAUCAACAAACGGGACCAUACUUCAACACCAGCGACG